GUGGGCGUCUGGGUGGGGUGGAGCCGUGGGGUCCGUAGAGGGAGAGGAAGCAAGUGGGAGUCGGUGACUGGGGUAUUUAUGAUUGGGGUGACGGAGUCAGUCCUGAAGGAUUCUGGUGUUAGUGAUUACAGGCCAGUCGAAAUCUAGGAUUUAACGUCCGUAAUCAGAGUUUUGUGUCUGUCUGCAGUGCUCUGUGAUUGAGGACUGCGGUAGGGAAUGAUUUUUGUCAAUGAAAGCGGUGUCUGGUUUGGAGUCGGGAUUUAGUAGCGGGCUCAAUGACAGGAGUGGGGGUCUCAUGGUCAGUGAACCUGGGCAUCUAGUCCAGAUUUCGAGAUUAUUCCGAGUAUAUGUGACCAGUGGUUGCCGUGGGUAGUCCAGCUGUGUCAGUCGUUGAGAAGUUUGUGAGAGCUGAAGCUGGUGGGUGGGUGGGUGUUUUCAAACGUGACAUUCUCCUUCAGUUCCUCAAGUCCAAGGGCCUCGUUUGCCAAUCACCUUUGGCUUUCCACAUCUUCUCUCGACCCCGUAGAAAUGAAAGCGUUGUUGGAGAUCGAGGAUUAAGCACACGUAAAGUGCUCACAGGUCGUGGUUCCUGGAGCAAGAUACAUCACGUGAUGUGAGAAGGUUUCACGACCUAGAUAUCAUCAUUUGUGGGGACAUCACUGCCUGGAGACUAAGAUUUCUAACCAGAAAUUUAGGGCAGUUCAAGAAGAGGCUCAGGAGACAUCCUAGCUUUGGCUGUUUCCCAAUAACAGAUGAAAAUGAUCAAGGACCAGGGAUCGCUGACACUGGAGGAUGUGGCCGUGGACUUCACGUGGGAGGAGUGGCAGCUCCUGGCCCCUGCUCAGAAGGACCUGUACCGGGAUGUGAUGCUGGAGAACUAUAGCAACCUGCUGUCCGUUGGGUAUCAAGCCAGCAAGCCGGAUGCUCUCUCCAGAUUGGAACGAGGAGAACCGUGGCCAGUAGAAGAUGAAAUCCACAGUCGAAUCUGUCCAGAAAUGAGGAAAGAUGACUGUCUUCUGCAGGAGGACUUGCAAAAUCAAAGAUGUCCAAAAAGAAUGGAACAAUGUCACGAACAUAAUGCACUUGGAAACAUUGUUCAUCAGAGCAAAAGUAACUUUCCUUUAAGGCAAAAUCAUGAUAUGUUAGACUUUCAUGGGAAAACACUGAAAUCAAAUUUAAGUUUAGUCAACCAGAACAGAAGCUAUGGAGUAAAGAACCCUCUUGGAGAUGGGGAAUCCUUCCUCCAUGCAAAGCAUGAGCAAUUUCAUAGUGAAAUGAAAUUUACUGAAUGUGGAAGUUCUAUGAACACAAAUUCACAGUUCAUUAAGCAUCUAGGAACUCAGAAGAUAAAUAAACCCCACUUAUGCACUGAAUGUGGGAAAGCUUUCAUCAAGAAGUCCCGCCUCAUCGAUCAUCAGAGAGUGCACACAGGAGAAAAACCUCAUGGAUGCAGUAUAUGUGGGAAAGCCUUCUCCAGAAAGUCCAGGCUCACUGAACACCAGAAAACCCAUAUAGGAGAGAAACGGUAUACAUGCACUGAAUGUGACAAAGCCUUCCCCAAGAAAUCACGGCUGCUUAUUCAUCAGAAAACUCAUACAGGAGAAAAACCCUACGUAUGCGAGGAAUGUGGAAAAGGCUUCAUCAAGAAGUCUCGGCUCAUUAAUCAUCAGAGAGUUCAUACAGGAGAGAAACCUCAUGGGUGCAGUCUAUGCGACAAAGCAUUCUCCAGGAAGUCCCGGCUCAUUGAACAUCAGAGAACUCAUACGGGAGAAAAACCAUAUGAAUGCACUGAAUGUGACAAAGCCUUCCGCUGGAAAUCACAGCUUAAUGCACACCAGAAAACUCAUACAGGAGAGAAAUCAUAUAUAUGUACUGAUUGUGGAAAAGGCUUCAUUCAGAAGGGCAAUCUCAUUGUACAUCAGCGAACUCACACUGGAGAGAAACCCUAUAUGUGCAAUGAAUGUGGAAAAGGCUUCAUCCAGAAGGGCAAUCUCCUCAUACAUCAACGAACUCACACUGGAGAGAAACCCUAUGUAUGCACUGAAUGUGGGAAAGGCUUCAGCCAGAAAACAUGCCUCAUCUCACAUCAGAGAUUUCACACUGGAAAGACUCCCUUUGUAUGUACCGAAUGUGGAAAAUCGUGUUCACACAAGUCUGGCCUCAUUAACCAUCAGAGAAUUCACACAGGAGAGAAACCCUACGCAUGCAGUGACUGUGGGAAAGCCUUCAGGGAUAAGUCGUGCCUCAAUAGACAUCGGAGAACUCAUACAGGAGAGAGACCCUAUGGAUGCACUGACUGUGGGAAAGCCUUCUCCCACUUGUCAUGCCUCGUGUACCACAAAGGGAUGCUGCAUGCAAGAGAGAAACGUGGAGAUUCAGUCAAGUUGGAAAAUUCUUUCUUAGAGAGUCCCAGCUCCUCACGUUCGAGUGAUAUUGUACAGGGGAAAAACCCUGUUAAUGUGGUGAGCAUGCACACACCUUCUGUGGCAGCUGAGACUCCAUUCCACAGUGAUGGGUUCCUAGCAGAUAGGAAUGUAGUAGCCCUUGUGGGACAGCCAGGUGCCACAGGUGCAGUGUCAGCAGAUAAUAGAUUUGCACAGAAGAAAAACCUAAUGAAUGCAGUGAGUGUGGUAGCACCUUCAGUGAUCAAUUAUGUCAUAUUUUAUAUCACAGAAAACACACAGAAAUAAACUGUGAUACAGUGAAGGUGGAAAA